AAAACAUUGGCAAGUUUCGUAAUUUGUACAUGUAGGUGAGGACAUUACCUCACAUGCCAUAUGUGGCACACAAGAAGCUUGUAACUGUAGUUCACACACCAGUGCGUAUUUACCACUCUGGCACAUACCUACCCAUAAAGAUACACUCACGCGUCAGGCCCAGCAUUAUAGCAGCAGAGCUCAACAGGAUACGCUACCUUACCAGGCCCUCCUUCAAAUCCUACACGGAGAAUUAUCUUAACUCCAAGGACUAUAUUGACUUUGAUGAUGAAACGAGGGAAAUCCGUGCAAAGACGGAUGACCUACUUCGCAGAAUCCACGUUUUUAUUCCACGACCUAUACUUAGCCACUACAACGAACUAUCACCGGAACGUCUACGCAGUGACGACUACGUACGUCGCAUAAUCAAUGCGAAAAACAUAUCCAAGGACAUCGACAGUCUACCCUGGUACGAGACCCCAGUGAUCAGGAACAUCGGGACGGGCAAUCUCGCAUGCAUAAAGUACGCGGGCGGCAGACCUCAACCACGCCGCCGACCAUACUACACCGUUGGCGACCUCGUGCCUGGUGAUGUCAGAAGCGAUGUUAACCUGAUGAGCUACUAUCUAAAGAAUCGCAAGGCCGCUGAAGAUGCCUCUCCGCAAAGCGAACAUCAUAAUGAUGGCAAUAAAGAAGCUAUUAUUAAUGAAAUACCGGAACAAAUGAUGAAGGAGCAAGAUGAUUUCGAGCUAACAGAAACAGAAUCGAAGCCCAAACUUCAAACGAAGACGAAAUCGCAAGAGGACCAUGAGAAUGAUGACUUUGAAUCUCAGUACAACAAGGACGUUGUUAUAGUGAAAAAGCAGCCAGAUGAGGACACAAUUAGAAAAGUUCAAGAAUACCUAGAAAAAAAAGCUGCAGAAAAAAAAAUGGAGGAAGAUAGAAGAGCAUGGGAAGCCGCUGAACGAAGAAGAAUUGCAGAGGAAAAAGAAAUUGCUAGACUAGCAAAAUUGAAAAUUGAAGAAGAUAUUCGUAUAGCAGAAAUUAAAGAACAAGAAAGAUUGGAAGCUGAAAGACAAACAAUAAUAGCCAGAGCUGAAGCUGCCAGACUCGAAGCAAUAAGACUUAUCGAAGAUGAAAAAUUAUACAAUGAAGCUGUUGCACAAGCGAUUGCUGACGAAGAAGAUCGAGCUUUCCGCGAAAAAGAGAAAGAAGAAUUAGAGAGAAGGCAAACUGAAGAAGAAGACAAAUUAGCCAACCUAGCCUUCUCAGUUGAUACUACUGGCAUAGAUAGUGGAAUUGUCGUCCUCGAGCACAGCACUGAUGAAUACUCCGGUCAUAUUAACUCUACGUAUCAAGAUAAGGAAGCGAAACCCUACGAAGUUGAUCACGAUGAAGAUACCGAGAUUGAAGAAGACGAACACGAGGAAAAUAAUGAAAUAGAAAAUCCUUUCAAUUAUGGAGAAGCAGCUUUAGGUUUAUCUGAAAUAGAUGAACUUAUUACAGAAACACCCAAAAUUAAAGAGACAGGUUAUGAUCAUGGAGAACAAGGAUUUGACUGGUCGCAAUAUGAAAGUGAACAUGAAGAAGAAGCAUGUGAGAAAUCUGAAGGGUCAAAAGUUGAAGAAACUUAUAAUAAUGUUGAGCAGCAUCAAAUGUUUGAAGAAUCGGAGAUUAAAAGCGUAGAAGUCAAUGAAACACAAUUAGAAGAAAUACAAGUAACAGAAGAAGUAGAAGAUAUCAAAUCUGAAGAAAAAUUUAUUAAUGAAUCGUUUCAAGAAGAAAACGAAGAUGAAGAAAACGAAACUAAGGAAGAGAAUGAAGACGAAACUAAAAAUGCCGAUGAACAAGAUGAAACUGAGGAAGAGUAUGGUGAUAGUAAUGAUGAAAUGGAGAAUGAAGAUAAAAAAUAA